CUACUUCGUUUAAAGAACGCCCGCACAUCCGUUUUGAGUUGUAUCGGCUUUCGUGCAGUGGAGGGACUUGUCUAAUACAUUGAACAGUAUGAGAAGAAUAGGGCGUUGAUAAAAUCUUUAUCGCUGGAUCAUACAUGUCCCUCAACAUUUAGGUGAAUCCGACAAUCGAAUUUGAAAUACAGAACGACAGCAUGUCUUGCAAUGGCACCUACCCUGUGGCGCGGUGUGCUAACUUGUACGGGAUCGAGGGAGACUGCCUGGUGGACAAUGACACGGAUCCCAUCCAUCAGACCAAGCCCGAGUGGGAGGAGGGGGAAACUGGAGUCGAUGAGGAGGGCCUGAAUAAGAGGGAGAAGUGGACAAGAGGAAUCGACUUCUUGUUGGCCUGUAUUGGUUUUAGUGUCGGUUUGGGUAACGUCUGGAGGUUUCCUUAUCUUUGUUACAGGAAUGGAGGAGGGGCCUUCCUAAUCCCGUAUCUGAUAUGUGUGCUAAUUGGCGGCAUCCCUCUCUUCUACAUUGAGGUUGUUGUGGGCCAGUUCACCGGGAGCGGAGGCAUUGGCAGUUGGAAGAUAUGCCCUCUUUUUGAAGGUAUUGGGUUCGCCUGUACUAUCGUCGUAUUCCUUUUGAACUGCUACUACAAUGUGGUACUCUGCUGGGCAUUCUACUACCUGUUUGCGAGCUUCACCACAGUUCUUCCUUGGUCAACCUGUGACAAUCCCUGGAACACUGACCAAUGCGUUGUCCGGCCAAAUAUUACAGGCGCGAACGCCUCUUCUGCGGGAAAUGAUAUCGCAGUAACCAAAGAUCCCGUCACAGAGUUUUGGGAAUACAAAGUCCUAAACAUAUCUAGUGGCAUAGAGGAUGUUGGCAUGAUCAAGAUGGACCUGGCCCUGUGUCUAUUAGUGGCGUGGGUCGUCGUCUUCUUCUGCAUUUGUAAGGGCAUCAGAACAUCAGGAAAGGUGAUGUACUUCACAGCCACGUGCCCCUACAUCCUCAUGUUUAUCUUACUGGUGCGCGGAGCACUUCUGGAAGGAUCAUUUGAAGGAAUAAUAUUCUACAUCAUACCUCAGUGGGGUAGACUUCUCGACAUGCAGGUGUGGGUAGAUGCUGGGACUCAGAUCUUCUUCUCCUACUCCAUCAGUCUGGGCACACUCACAGCUCUUGGAAGCUACAACAAAUUCAAUCAUAACUCAUUUAGAGACAGCAUCUUAUUUGCCCUCGCCAACAGUGGUACAAGCAUCCUGGCUGGGUUUGUCAUAUUUGCUGUCCUGGGACACAUGGCCCAUUUGCACAACAUUCCUGUCAGUGAGGUGGCAGCAGCGGGGCCAGGUUUGGCUUUUAUAGCCUAUCCCAAGGCUAUAUCUGCGAUGCCUUUAUCCCCGCUAUGGAGUGCCCUCUUCUUCUUCAUGGUGAUUCUACUUGGGCUGGAUAGCCAGUUUGUGGGUGUGGAAGGAUUCGUCACUUCGAUCGUCGAUAUGUUCCCAAAGCAGUUGAGGGUGGGCCACAGAAAGGAGGUCUUCAUAGGCAUAACGUGCCUGGUUAAGUUUUUCAUUGGCCUAUCCAUGGUAACAAAUGGUGGAAUGUACGUGUUCCAACUGUUCGACUACUACGCCGGUAGUAAGAUCAUUCUUCUCAUUGCAUUCUUCGAAGUUGUCGUUGUUUCUUGGAUAUAUGGCAUCGAUCGAUUCUACGACAAUAUCAAGAUGAUGUACGGCUUCCGUCUCGACUGGUUCUUCUACAUCAUGUGGAGUGUCCUUUCACCCAUCUUCUGUUUGACAAUUUUCGUGAUGAGCGCCAUCAACUACUCGGAGCUGACGUACGACCGUAAGGAGAAGGGGAUGUAUGAGUAUCCCGGCUACGCCGUGGGGAUCGGCUGGGCAAUGGCAUCUAUCUCAGUCUUCUUCAUCCCAGUCUUCAUGCUGAUCAGAGUGGUCAAAACUCUUGUUCAUGGCAAGUCCAUUCGAUCACUGGUUCAGCCAGAAGGUCUUGAGAAGCAUCAACUCCGACCUCAAGACAUGGUCGGUGCUCAAUUGAUACCUCCAAUGAGCAAUUUGGGCAAUGAGAACCUGGCAUACCGCCCAAAUAGCAUGAGUUCCAUGAUGUAGGGCGAGCAGAGACGGAGACAGAGAAGUUUCUUAAGAAGUAACACAAAGCGAUUUCAUUCGAGUAUAUUCUCCGUAAGCCUACCACAACCACCACUUCGAACGACUUCGUUCAUUCAAGCGAAGGAGCAAAUUCGCGGACUUCGAGGGCCAAAAUGUAGGACACCAGACCAAGACCAAAACUACGUCAUUGCGUGGUUACAGAACUCAACGAUACCGUCGGCAACUCCACCAUUUCUGAACGUAAACAAGUUAGUUUGAUAAGACCAUCUUUUGAAUUCUGGGAUAACCCUGAUGACCGGUUCCCUUUGUGGGAAGUGGGCAACAACUGCGAAUAUUCCAUAAGUUUUCAAAAUAAAGAAUUUUUUUGAACGAAACUGUUUAUGAUGCCCAAGACACGAUCACAACGAGUAGUGAAGAUUGUUCAGAAAAGGAUGCAAGAAUCGUGAAAGCUCUGUAUCGGAGCCCCUUUUUGAAAACAACAUCAUUGCAUGUCAGAGAAGAACACUGGUUUAGGCUAAGAGCAAUCCGCUGAGUUUGCGUCACUGUGUUUCGAAAUUUACAUGAUUCUAUUAGAGCGUUACAAAGUAGAAACGUCCAGGAGGCAGUCGUGCAAUCUUUCUUCUUAUAUUUAGAGUAGAAUCUUAAAACAUAACAUUCUAGAGUAUUUUUUAAUAUUUAUACUUCAUUUUGUACUCUUUUUAA